UUUCGUUUUUGAAAUCAUAUCAUGCUAGUCAAAACGAUUUUGUCUUGAUUGGAUCACCUGAUCACCGUUACAUAAUCGAAGCCCUUGAUCUUUGCCAUAUGAGAAAACUGCUCGCUUUACAGUCACUAACUACUCCAUAACAAUUAACUAAUUCAUCUUCCUUCUCUUUCUUCUCUCUGUCUCGUCGUCUUUUGCAGCGUAGUUUGCCUUCUGGCGGUGAAUCCAAUUUCAGCAGUAGUUUUUUGGAAGAAGAUUGGAAUAUGUUUGUAAAGAAGCUUGUGGAGAAGGCUUCGAGUUUAAAGAAGCCUGGGGGGAAUUCGGAAGGUUUAAAACCCAACGACGUAGAGCCACGCCUGACAUUCCAUUAUGGGAUACCAUCAGGAGCAAACAUGUUGGCUUAUGACUCUAUUCAAAAGAUUCUUGCUAUUUCUACCCGAGAUGGAAGAAUCAAAUUAUUUGGGAAAGGCAACACUCAAAUUUUGCUUGAAUGUCCUGAGGCAGCGCCAAGCAAGUUUUUACAGUUCAUUCAGAAUAAAGGCAUCCUUCUAAAUGUAACUUCCAAGAACCACAUUGAGGUUUGGGACGUGAACAAGAAGUUGUUGUGUAAAGUGCAUGUUUUUAAAGAAGACAUUACCUCAUUUACAGUAAUGCAACAUUGUCCCUACAUGUAUCUUGGAGAUGCUGUUGGUAAUAUAUUAGUAUUGAAGCUUGAUGAAGAAACAUGUGCUAUAGAACCAAUGAAAUACACUAUACCUCUCCCUGCUUCUCAUGGGAACCCAGCUGAAGCUACUAGCAAUGCUGCUGUAUUGCACAUACUACCUCAACCAAAAGCUGAAAGUAAGAGGGUUCUUAUAGUAUUUACAGAUGGUCUAAUUACAUUGUGGGAAAUUCGAGAAAGCAAGUCCAUUUUUACAACAGGUGGAAGCUUGUUGCAUUCACAAUAUAACGGAACAAAGAAAGUAACUUCCGCAUGCUGGGCAUGUCCUUUUGGAAGUAAACUUGCUGUUGGGUAUAGUAAUGGGGAGAUUUUUAUCUGGAGUAUUCCUGCUACCCCUAAUUCAAGUACUGAAAUAACAUCAGACAGCAUCACUCAGAGUGCUCCUCUAUAUAAACUCAAUCUGGGAUAUAAAUCUGACAAAAUUCCUAUAGCAUCACUAAAAUGGCUUCAGGCUGAUGGGAAAGCAAGUCGACUCUAUAUUAUGGGUGCGUCUGACUUGGCAUCCACCAACUUGUUGCAGGUUAUCUUGUUGAAUGAGCAUACUGAAACUCCCACAAUCAAGUUAGGUCUUCAUUUGUCUGAGCCUUGCAUUGACAUGGAGAUCAUUUCAAACUCUGGCGAUCAAAGCAAACAUAAACAGGAUUCAUUUCUUGUCCUUGGAAAAUCAGGGCAUAUUUAUCUUUAUGAUGAUUGUCAGAUUGAAAAGUAUCUUCUACAAACCCAAUCUAGGGGUUCUCCCUCGUUACCAAAGCAGGUCAUGGUGAAGAUGCCAUUUGCUGACUCAAGCAUAACUGUAGCAAAAUUCAUCACUCAGAACCCUUGUAUGUUGAGUUUUGGAGAUAAGGAUUACCUUCUCUUUUCCAAAAACACUCCAUCUCUUUUUCCUUUUGAAGCAAACACAAAAGAUGGAACUCCCACAAAUCCUGUCCCCUUCAGUGGGUUUGCAAAGAUUAAAAACCUGUACAUAACUGGACAUAGUGAUGGAGCCAUUAAUUUUUGGCAUGCAUCUUGUCCAUUUUUUAUUCCCAUUGUAUCGUUAAAACAACAGAGUGAAGAUGAUCUUUCUUUAAGUGGUAUAGCACUAACGGCCUUGUAUUUUGAUGGCAAUUCUCGGAUUCUUAUUUCAGGGGAUCAGAGUGGAAUGGUUCGCAUUUUUAAAUUUAAACCUGAGCCGUAUGCCACAGAGAACAGUUUUAUGUCUUUCCCAGGAAGUUCCAAAAGAGGAAACCACCAUAUCAUCCAGAGUCUCAAACUUGUGAAGGUAAAUGGUUCUGUACUUUCUAUGAACAUAAGCCACAACUCAGGACAUCUUGCAGUCGGGUCUGAUCAAGGAUAUGUUUCACUAAUUGAUGUAGAAGGACCAACACUACUGUAUCAAAAACAUAUUGCAAGUGAAAUUUCCACUGGAAUCAUCUCUCUGCAGUUUGAGACCUGCAAUCUGCAUGGUUUUGAGAAGAAUGCUUUAGUGGUAGCAACAAAGGAUUCAUCGGUUUUGGCUGUUGAUGUCAAUACUGGAAACAUGCUGAGCACUAGCACAGUGCAUCCUAAGAAACCAUCUAAAGCUUUAUUUAUGCAGAUUUUGGGCCAGCAGGAUGUGUUGGCUGGAGGAUCAAAUGUGUCAAAUGGUUCAGAUCUGAGCGAAGGGAAUCCUGUUGAGGAUUCACCAAAGCAGUCUUCUCUACUUAUAUGUUCUGAGAAAGCCGUGUAUGUCUAUUCAUUAAACCAUGCUGUUCAGGGAGUCAAGAAGGUUUACUACAAAAAGAAGUUCCAUUCCUCUUUAUGUUGCUGGGCUUCAGUAUUUUGUGGUGCAUCAGAUGUUGGCCUUGUGCUCCUUUUCACUACUGGGAAAAUUGAAAUAAGGUCUCUGCCAGACUUAUCAUUAAUAAGGGAAUCCUCAAUGAGAGGUUUCACUUAUGCUUCACCAAAGCUGAACUCCUUGCCAGAUAGUUCAAUAUGUUGUUCACAUGAUGGAGAACUUGUUAUGGUGAAUGGUGAUCAAGAAAUGUUUUUGGUAUCAGUUUUGCUUCAAAAUGAACAAUUCAGGUUUUUGGACUGUUUCAGCCAAGUCUAUAGAAGAGAUCUAAUGCCAUUACAAGAAGGGUUUGCCUCUGGAGCUAUGGCACAAAAGGAAAAGAAAAAGGGUAUAUUUAGCUCUGUGAUUAAGGAUAUCAAAGGAAGUAAACCAAAGCAAGUUUCUGAGGUGGAAACAGAGGAUACAAAAGAAAGUAUUGAAGAACUUUCAAUGAUCUUUUCAACAGCUAACUUUGCUUGUAAUGCUGAAAAUAGCAAUAGCAUUGUCAUAGACACAGAUCGGAAUGACUUGGACAUAGAUGAUAUUGACCUUGAUGAACAUGAAGAGAGACCCAAGGAUCAGAAUAUCUUGGCAGCUCUUAAUAAGCAGAAAUUGGCAAGCAAACUUCUAGGGAAAAUAAAACAUAUGAAGGUUAAGAAUGAAAAAAACAUCAACAAGGAAGAGGAACAGGAUGAGAAGGCUGGUGCCGUUGAUCAAAUCAAGAAGAAAUAUGGGUUUUCUUCAUCUAGCGAGACAAGUGCUGCAAAAAUGGCUGAAAGCAAGUUGCAUGAGAACGUGAGGAAAUUGCAGGGUAUCAAUCAAAGAGCCACAGAGAUGCAAGACACAGCCAAGUCAUUCUCUGCCAUGGCUAGAGAGUUGCUUCGAACUGCAGAAAAGGAUAAAUGAAGCUCAUAACCCUAUUGACUUCGUGUAUAUGAAAUUAGUAAUUCCGUAUUCAUUUAUUAUUAUUUUUUUCAAAAAAGAAGAAACUUUUCAUAAGUUAUUUCCCUCGUAAAUUCAUUUUGAUUGUUCUGUAAUUAUAGGGCUUGAUUUACAGAGGUCGGUGUAUAGUGGUUUUCAAUGAGCAAUUUGAACAGUAAUGUAAAUGGGUGUUUCCCGAACUAUAGCCUAUUAUUGCCAGUUCUUGUUUCUUCCUUUUGA